UCUUCUGAAGAUGAAGCUAAAUAAUGUUAACCAUUGUUUGAGGAAUAAGGUUAUUUAGUAAUUUUCUGCCAAAUACGUUUUGUGUACAUUUAUUGCCGCAAUAAUGUUAUGCUGCUUGCGUGAAUUAUUUGAAACUUAUUAUUUGACUAAAGUCGCAUUUUAUAGUGGAUCGGAAACAAAAACUACACAUAAAUAUACUUUUAUAUGGACCUAGAAGAAGACUGCUUAAUGUUUUAUGUUUUAGAGUCUGAAAAUCCACUUGCAUAUGAGAAAAGACGCUAUUGCUGUAAAUUUUGUUCAUAUUCAACACGAUACAAGCAUCAUAUGCGAUAUCAUGGAGCUAAACAUACUGGAGUUAAACCUUUUCAAUGUACUGUAUGCCUAAAAAGAUUUACUGUGAAGAGUAAUUUGCAGAGACAUAUUGUGUGCCAUCAUUAGUAUAGAGCAGAACUUUUCAUGCUAAUUAAUUUCUAAUUCAUCUGGUGAACUAGAAGAAGAAUGUUCCACAUUUUACGUGAUAUCAAGAUCAAGUCGAGUGUUCCCUAAGAGUAGAUAUCGAUAUUUCUAUUGCAAAUUAUGUCCUUAUUCAUGCAAUCGAAGGUUACACAUUCAAAAUCAUCAAGUUAAGCAUACAAGAGAAAGACGUUAUCAAUGUGCAACAUGUUUGAAACUUUUUAGUGUAAAAAGUAGCCUAAGGAGACAUCAUCAAACUAGCCAAUGUGGGAAGCAUUGAAACUAUAUUUUACUUUACUUUUUCGAAGUAAAAGCUUUCGCACUUUUAAUCUUUCUGAUAUGUAAUUUAGGAAAUUGGUGCUUAAUUCAAUUAAUGAGUCAUUACUUUGGCAUUUGUAGAAUACCAAUAUUUUAUCAUUUAUUUUUUUAUGAACAUAAUUUGUUUAAAAUUCUGUUACAAUUUAUUACUCAAAACUGGAUGUUUAUUUGUAUGACGAUUGAAAUUUUGCAUUAAAUUGUUAGAAACAUCCUAAUGAAUCUCUUUUGUAAAAAUGUUCCCUGUUUUUGCAAGUGAAUUGAAAUUGUGAAAUGUAUGUCCUAAGUACUUAAGGUUUUUUUUUUCCUUCAAACAUUUAAUGUUUUCAGGCACAUACAGGGUUGCAGUCGAUUUGGCUAGUGCAUUUUUUUCUGAGUAAAAAACUGUCUUGCAUUCAACGUAACAUCAUUCUUGUGUAUCUGGAACUUACUACUGGUUGUAAUUAUGUAUGUAAGCAUUUAAAAUGGGAGGUUGUUUUGGCACUCAGCAAAGCAGACCUUCUUCUGGUAUUGAAUCACUGGAUGGCACUAGUUUACACCAAACUAUUACAAUUGGUAAAAAUCAACCUUUAAAACAUGAAAAGCCUAAAUGGAAAAGUGACGUGCCUUUGAAUGAAAGUCAGUUGCACAGAAAGCGGGAUGAGUUUUGGGACACAGCUCCUGCUUUUGAAGGAAGAAAAGAAAUUUGGGAUGCGUUAAAAGCUGCAGCUUAUGCUGCAGAAACCAAUGAUUAUGCUCUUGCACAGGCAAUUAUUGAUGGCGCCAAUAUAUCAUUACCUACUGGUACAUUAAUGGACUGCUAUGAUGAGUUAGGAAAUAGGUACCAAUUGCCUGUUUACUGUUUAAGUGUUCCAGCAAAUUUGGUUGAAGAUAGCAAUGAAUCAGAAUCUCCAGCUGCUGAAAGUGAGCCUUGGAGUGAAGGAGGUGAAGAAAUUGCUGUUAAAUUUAGACUUUCAACUAGUGGUAAAGACACCAAACUAGUUAUUCGAACUGGGGAAUCUGUAUUAAUGAGCAAAAAAAGACUACAAUUAGUGGAAGGAGUUGAUCCAUCAAGACAGCGUUGGUAUUUUGGGGGGCGUCUUUUGCAUGAUAAAAUGAAAAUUGAGGAAGCAAAACUACAAAAUGGAUUUGUUGUCCAAGUUGUUGUAGCACAACUAAGUACGCCUGUUGGUGACCAUUGAAUUUAAUACUGUUUUAAUUUGCAAAAUGUAUACAUUUUGAUGCAGAUGGCUUCGGUAUUUGCAUUCUUUGAUGUGAUUAAAUCAUUUUAAACAAGUUUCUUGAAGUGUGGAUUUCAAUAUACAAGAGUGAUCCUCUGCUUGUUGCCAAUCUUAUGAAAAAUUUACUUUGUAAUUUUGUUCUGGCAUUUUUUGCUGUAAAUACGUUUAAAAUAUUUAUUUUCUCGUCAUAUUUUUAUACAACUAUAUCUGUGAAAAAAAUAUUUUCUUCUUGUUAGUAAUUAUAUUUUAAAUUUGAAAAAGUUUUAGGUUAUAAAAUUUAAUUGUCUGGAAAUAUGAAACUUUUUGAGAAUGUAUUUCAUUUCAAGUUUGAAUUUUUGCAUUUAAUGAUCAUUAAGGAAUUCAAAUUCUUGAAAUUAAUGUUAAUUGAUGUCAUGUUUAAAAGGUUUUUCUAUCACAAAAUAUAUUAACUGAUGAAACAUAAUUUAAAAGAAAUUAUAAACACAAAAUUUGAAAAAAAAAAAAAAGAUUUUAGUGAUAAAGUCAUUAACUUAUGUUUUUGAAUUAUUGAUUUAAUUAUAGGUAACAAGAUGUAAUUAAAAAUGCUCUAGGAUUGAAAAAGCACAAGAGCAAAGAAACAAAUGUUUGAAUAACAUUAGGUGGGUUUCUGUCCAUGACAUUUUCCGAACUUCCCUACGUUACAAGUUCCAGCUUUAGUUGUUUUAAGAAAGUUAAUAUAGGUAUGUAUUUCUAAUUUUUGUUGCAAGAUAAAGCAGAAUCAGCACAUGAAGAUAAUGAAAUGUAAUUGAUUUCUAGAUGUUGAUUCGAGUAUUAAAGUGAUAUGAAGUUUGCUGUGCAAUUGUUAAUUGUGCAUAUGCCAAAAGGUUUUUAUGAAUCAAGCUUUUUGUUAUUUUAUUGAAUCUCAAUUGGUGUCUUUAUCCUAGAGCAUUUUUAUACUAUCUUUUAUAAAAAAAUUUAUGAUGUGAUGUUAUUGCUGGAUUUAUGUACUUAUUACAUGUAUGAGUUUACAAUGAUAUGUGAGGUGUUUGAAGUUAUUUUUAAAAAAUGUAUUUCGACAUUUUUUAUAACAAGCUUGAGUUUAAAAAAUAUCUUUAUUUGUGAAUUUUUAAGCUUAAAAAUUUUAGUUUUAUGUACAUUUUUAUCAUUUGACAUUGUAGGUUUUCAAAUAAAA